AUGCUCUUCUCUCGAUCUAAAUCAUUGUUUGCCGAUGCAUUCGACGCGUUCCAUACUGGCUUUUUCAUUGUGGUCCUGGUCCGCGCCCGCACCCGCACCCCGCGCCCGUCAUACCUCCCCGUUCUCGAUUGCAAUAGUCUCAUGCUUCGCUCGAUUGCGAUUUGGCAGCGGAACCGUUGGGUCUCGGCAUUCUUCAUUCUCAUUGGUUUGGGACUUUGGGGCAUCCAGAUGCACGGUGUCACGACCGUCCGCGCGCACUGGGAACCGGUGCUCAAUGCCUGCUCCGUCGACGCCGUCACCGGUGUCUAUCUCUCGCUCGUCUACCUCUACACAAUGUUCACCGACCUUACCGUGCUCAUCGUCACUCUCGCCGGUCUUUCAUGGUCACCUGGUCGUUCGGGUUUGUGGAGGAUGCUCUGGGAUCAAGGAAUCAUGUUUUUCAUGAUUGCGUUUAUUGCCAACCUUAUCCCAGCCGUCAUGCUUCUCGUCAAUCUCAACCCGGUCAUCAACAUUAUGUUCUCCAUUCCAGCUAUUGCAGCGACAGCAACGUGUGCAUGCCGUUGUUUCGUCGGUUUGAGCGAGUAUGCCCGUCGAGGAGACGACAUGUCCGCCGCUCUUGGGACCAAUGCACACUCUAAUGGCUGGUCACACCGCAUCCAGGGUCCCUCAAAGCUCGGCAGCACGGUCCAAUUCCGACGUGAGCGACACCAAGACGGCGCAGAAGACAGCCCCGUGAACCGCUUCCAUGGAGGUGGUAGCGCGUUUGGCGGACCGUUUGAGCCCAAACAGACGGAUACAAUUGACGUGAUCUUGCGCUCGCUCUCCUUUUCCGGACCACCGGGCCAACGCUACGUCGACAGGCGCUACGACAAUGCAGAUGAUGAUGGAUAUGCGGGGAUAGACGAGGUUGCGACGCCAGUCAAGUAUGAACGCGGAUCAGACGACACACUCUCGUUUUCCCCACUUGAUACGAGCGCCGCUGCCCUUCGCCACAGUCGGAGCGCGCAGCCUAUUGGUGGUGCGACUGGUGCUGUUGCCCCGCAACCGCCUAUGAUGGCCGUACGGCGUGGGUCAGUACCGAUCAUUGCUUCACCUUCACCGGCGCCCAUCCAAGAGUCUAGACGGCCGUCUGCAGCGACGACAGAUAUACAGCACGCGAGGAUGCGCUCGCAACGACGAGCAGAUGACAACGUAUAG